GUUUGUGACUGUCAGGUCAUUUCUCUUUCUUACCUGAAAGUCUCAUUAUUGCCUUCAGUAUCAGCUAGUUGAUGAAAGCAACCGGUAACUUUUUUGAAUACAGCCUUCAAAAUGGAGAAACUGGCUAAGAAAUGGGGGGAAAAUUUACUCUUAGUUUAUAAUUAGAAGGACAAUGAAUUAGGUCUAUAAAAAUUCAUCGGCAGGAAGAGUUAUGGCCAGUGUUUCACAGAUGCUUUGUGAUUUAGCAGACCAGGUAAGCUGGGUAUCCUAAGUGCCUAGACAGGUUAGGUGCCAAAUUUCCUUUUAUCUCAGUGGAAUGAGAUCAUUCCUUUUGAAUAUUUAGGCAUUUUGAGGCAUCUAAGAAUCUUGUAAAAUCAGCUUCUAGGUCUUUAGAAGUAGUUUGCUCAUCUAAUGAGUGAAUUUGUUACCUCUUGUGUUAAAUAAACCUAUUUAGUGCUUUGAUUAUAUUACAUGAUUUGAUAAAUACACAGAAGAAGAGCAAUGCUCUUAAGGUCUCAGUUCUUACAAAACUGUUCUUUUAUGCAUUUCAAUUGAAUUUUUUAUGCAUUUCAAUUGAAUUCAGGUUGUCUAGCAAAUACAAGAGUUUCUUACCAUAUCCUCAUAUAGUUGAAACUAAAAAUAAUCUAAGUAAAUAUAUAGUCAGUAACAUAAUACAGUAAAUAUUUGUAGAUAUAGUGAAUGCUCAUGGUUAGGAAAGAUGAGUACCAAAUGCUGAGGUGAGAAUGGCAGUGAGCAUAUUUUAACUGUUAUGCCAUGAAGCAGGAGUAAACCCUUUCUUAGCAAACUAAAAGAAAAUUACAGAUGCAGAGCAGGUUCAAAACUGGUAUAUAGACUGGCUGCUGAUGUCAGUCAAGAUUUAUGUCAGACAGACCACAUGUUUUGCAGGUUCCAAGUAUGAGACCAGGCUCAAAAGGUUGCAGUUCAUAGAGAGCUAUUGCUGUACAGUUGAGACAGAAGAAAUUGUCACCUCACAUUCCUGUUUGUCACCAUAUGAUGGCCACCAUGAUAAAGACAGCUGCAGGAUUUGGGGACGCCGGGAUGCCGAUCCGUGUUGAUGAUGUGAUGACGCUGCUCAGCCACGUUGCCACGGUGAAGGGCAUGAAAGCUGCUGUCACACAUUCCGGCCGGGGAGCAAUGCUGACAGGUGCAUCAGCAUUUUUAGGGGGGAUGCUGGGAGGCCCCCCUGGAAUAGCUGUAGGAGGAGCAGUUGGUGGAUUGAUUGGAUGGAUCACUUCUGGACAGUUCAAAUCAGUCCCUCAGAUUUUAAUGGAAUUGCCUGCUGCUGAGAAGCAAAAACUCUGUGCUGAAGCCAUGGCUGUUGUCAAGAACUUAGACUGGACUGAUGCUGCUCAGCUGAUUGCUCUUGUAAUGUCCAAUUCUGCUCUCACAGAGAAGGUAUUAGGAGUGCUGACCACUUACCUUACCAAUGAGCUAAAAGCACAACUAAAAUAUGGAGAAUAAUCCUCUAGGAUUAUUACAGCAGGAUUUUUAUGCUGGAAUGCAAUUUACUCCCAAAGUUGUGAAUCUUCAACAAACAAAUGCUAUUUAUCAGUGUUAAUUAUAAAUAUAUGCUGAUCGAGGUAAACUUGGGUUUUUGGUUUCAGUGUUUGGGGUUUUUAAAAUUUUUAUCAUUAUUGUUAUAAUUUUUGUUUUAUGCGGCUUUGUAAAGAUACUAUUGGCGUACUGCAUUAACCUGAUACUGACUUGCUAUGAAAUGUUGGAUUGCUCUGCAUUAGAACUAAUUCUAAUUGCUGAAGGGAAUCAUGCUUCUCUUAGGCUAAUGCGUGACUUGUGAAAAUUUUCAAAGUCUUUUUGUUGUAUUUAGGAGACUUGAUUUUGUUUGUUCAAGUGCUUUAAUUUUUUUCCCUGUGAAUGACAUGUAAGGUGCCAAAGUAGCAGGCCAAUUUGAAGAAUUUUACCUGUUGUUUGUUUUAGCCAUGCCAAGGAAAGUUUUAUAAGGAAGUACAUUACUGUGAACUCAAAAGACUCAAUCUGUACUUUAUCACUUUUUUUUUAUAAUUCUUGAGUUUUCUAUUCAUGUAAGAAGUGAAGCAAGUACUUCAACAAGAUUUCAAGUAGCAGGAAAACAAACUGAACACUUUCAGUUCAAUUUUCACCAGGUUCCUGUGCUGUAGAAUGGGAGGGUGUGACAUUAAAAAAAUGGGGAGCUGAAUCUGCCAGUUUUCUAUGAGCCCUAGGAUUAAGGUUGUCAUUUGUGCUUUGAUUUCUGGAUUGAGUCUGUACAGCAGGUCCUCUGUUUCCAUUAAAAUGUUGAUAAGAAGCCUCACA